AUCAAUCCAUCAAUAAAUGUUGGUUGAAUUUCUGACUACUUUAAACAUUUAGGAACAAAUUUUUUGUCGUUAACUUUACAUGUUUCGUUAAUUUACUUAGUAUAAUGAUUAAUCAAUUUGUCAAGAAUAAAAAUAUAUGAUCAAUUCAUUUUCAUCACAAUCUUCCCAUUUCUUGUUCAUUCACUAAAAGACUCUUACUUGCUUUAAAGGUUUUUAAAUUUUCAUUAAAAUUUAUGUAGUUUCAGAAAAAGCGGGGCUCAACUAUCAUUGGAUAUCGUCAGAAAAAAUAGGAGUUUCUUGUUUAAAUUUUACUUGUUUAUAAAUUUUGUUUCACUUUCUGUUACUGCUUUUAAGAUUUAUAUACUUACUACAUCUGCUAGAUAAAUUUUAUUUCUGAGAAAUGCAAGAGCCAAGAGAAGAGGGUGAUGGCGAAGAAAGUCAAGCUGCGCCCACACCUUGGAAACCGAAUGAAGAUUACUUACAAGUUUUAACUGGAAUGGGUAUUAGUGCGGUGGCAGCUGAAAAAGCAUUAUUUUAUACUGACAACAGAUCUCCUGAUUUAGCUGCUGCGUGGCUUUUUGAAAAUUCUGAAGCUGACCUUGAAACCUCCCUCGCUGCAGAAGCUGGUAUAUCUGCUGAUUCUGCAUACGACGAUGUUUACAAAAUGGCGUUUGUUGUUAAUACGAGUUUGAAUAUGGGAGCAGGUAAACUGGCAUCACAGGUAGCUCAUGCCGCCAUUGGAUUGCAUCGUCUUUUGUUGCAAAAUGAGAACAAAUAUGGAGAAAUGGUUUUACAAUGGACUGAAGAUGGAGAGACUAAAAUAGUGUUGAGAGGAAAUUCUACGCAGCAUCUUGUGGAACUAGAAAGAAAAGCACUUCAACUUGGAUUACCUACUUAUUUAGUGCAAGAUGCGGGGCGGACGCAAAUUCCAUCGGGAAGCACAACAGUUUUGUGUUUAAUGGGUAGAUUGGACAUAGUGGACGAGGUGACUGGAUCUCUAAAACUUCUUUAAUUAAGUUAUUUUAGUUAUGCGCAUUUAAAAAAAAAAGCCUGUAAGCAUUCCUUCAUAUGCUCAAUUAGAUAUUCAUUUCUAUUGCUUUAUAGAAUAUUUUGGAAAGUGUUUACUUGCUGGUUUCACUUAAAUGUAUUAAAAAUUCUUGAUAUUAAAAUAUUGUAAUGAUUUUAUACAAAUGUUGAUUAUAAAAAAAGCAUUGAUGCAAAUAUUUAUUUAUAGUCAAAUCUGUCUAUCUUAAUGAAUUGUUACUUCCUAAAGAAAUAUUUAUCUUUUCAAUUAUUUCAAUUUAAUUAUAGAAACUGUAUUUAGAUUAUUUCCUCAAACUUAUGCUUGGAUUAUGAAAUGAAUGAUAAAUCUUAUAAAAAUUAAGUAUGAACUUCUA